AUGAGGUGUGGUCUGUCCAUCCCUCAGAUCGUAGGUGCAGGCCUCACUAUCGGUCUAGCAACUGCGUUGUCACCGCGCACUAAAAUCAACGAUGCAUACGACUUUGUUGUCGUGGGUGGAGGUCAAGCUGGUCUCGUGCUAGGCGCUCGUCUUUCAGACUCAAACCACACCGUGCUGGUUUUAGAAUCAGGUGGCGAUGGAGAUGACUAUCGUACUCGCAUAGACACCCCCGCCGACUCCUAUUUUGACUCCCUGUGGACGACGCCUCUGAAUUGGGACUUCUACACCGCCAAGCAACCUAAUGCAGAAGAUCGUGAGAUCGAGUGGCCUCGCGGAAAAGUCCUCGGAGGUAGCUCCGCCAUUAACGGACUGUACAUGACGCGUCCUGGCAAGGAUGAAAUCAAUGCCUGGCAAGCUAUGCUCGGUGACAUGGAUGGUGCCGACAAUUGGUCUUGGGACUCAUUUUACGCAGCACUGAAAAAAAGCGAGACUUUCACUCCUCCAAGUGAUGCUAUCGCUGAACAGGGCGGAAUCACUUGGAACUCGUCACACCAUGGGACGGAGGGCCCAAUUCACGCCUCCUAUCCUGACUACACAUUUGACCAAGUCGGUGAUUGGUCAACAUCCUUGCAAAGCAUUGGCGUCGAUAUCUCCAGCAAUAUGUACGGCGGAGACGUUUGGGGUGCGGAAGUCUCGACCUCUUGUAUCAACCCCUCCAAUUGGACUCGAUCAUACAGUCGGACUGGAUAUCUCGACCCUCUUCCAGAUCGCACCAACUACGAUGUAUUGGCCAAUGCACACGUCACUCGACUGAUCUUUGACAAUUCUACCUCGACCAACCUGACAGCCAGCUCUGUUGAGUACACGUCUGACAAUGGAACCACGAAGUCGACUGUCAGAGUGAAGAAGGAAGUUAUCCUUGCCGGUGGCAGUGUUGGUAGCCCGGCGGUGCUGCUUUAUAGCGGUGUCGGCCCGAAAGACGUCCUCUCCGCUGCUGGCGUUGACCUUGUCUCCGAGCUUCCCGGUGUUGGCCAACACCUCCAGGAUCACAUUAGUGCUACUGUGAAAUGGAGCACCAGUGUGGACACAGCCGGAUCUAUCUGGUAUGAAAAUGGUGCGGAUAAGAACAACACCGAUUAUCUUUCAUAUAUCGACGAUGCUAUCGCAUACGUGAACUCCACUGCCCUCUACGGCAGCAAGGUCGGUGAAUAUGAGAAGAAGUUCCUUGCCCAGAUGGACAAGUACACACCGAAUACUACGACAGACGACGGUGUCAUUGCCGGCUACAAGGCAAUUUACAACACGACCGCCUCAACGAUCUUUACCAGCCCAAUGGGCCAAAUCGAGCUUCUGUUCAUGAACAGUGAUGCAAAUGGUGAUGUUGGCAUCAGCGCAGCACUGCAGCACCCUUUCAGCCACGGCCGCAUCUACAUCAACUCUUCUGACCCGAUGGAUUACCCUGUCAUUGACCCCAACUACUUCGCUAACCCAUCCGAUAUCGAAAUCCUUCUCGAAGGCAUCAAGAUGGCCCGUAAAAUCGGAGAAACCAAACCGAUAAGCAACAACUUCACCGAAGAGAUCACCCCGGGAUCGUCUGUCCAAACCGACGAAGACUGGACUCAAUGGCUCCGCGAACAAGCCACCACAGAGUUCCACCCCUCUUCAUCCUGCGCAAUGCUUCCCCAGGACCAGGGUGGUGUGGUUGACGCCAACCUUCGUGUCUACGGCCUUGCAAACGUACGAGUCGCAGACGCCAGUAUUGUCCCCAUUGCUCUGUCGUCGCAUCUGAUGGCUUCCACAUAUGGUGUUGCCGAACAAGCCAGUACAAUCAUUCUUGAAUAUUACGACCCAUCCUCCGCCACGGACCCCGCUUUCAGUUCUUCCAAUGUCACUGCUGUCUCCAGUAGCACUGCUACUCCGAAGAGCGACAAAAAGAGCAGCGCUGCUAAGGCUAUCAGAGGCUUGUCGAAUUCCUGGAUUCCCUUUGUGCUUGGUUCUAUGCACCUGGGCGUCAUUUUCAACCUUCUGCUAUAG